UUGGAUGGGAUUUCUUAUCCUUAACCGAUUUCUUUCUCCCACACUCUCUCCUCUUCACUCUCUCUCUCUCUCUCGAUGAAAGCUCAGUAACCCACCGGACUCCAUGGAAGCCCUCUUCGUCAACCAGUACUCCAUCUCCGGCGGCCUCAAACUCUCCCCCAACCUCACCGCCUCCUCUUUCCCUUCCCAACCCCACCUCAUCAUCCGCCUCAGACUCAGACCCGCCCCCAAAUCAUCCAUCUCCGUCAUCCAAAACCAACAAAACCAAUUCCUCGAAACGCAGAAACCGCUCUCAUCAGACUCCGCCGACGAGUCGUACGGAGAAGUCGACAAGAUAAUCGGCAGCAGAGCGGUGGAGGGUGGCACCGGAAUGCAGUACUUGAUCCAGUGGAAAGACGGGCACGCCCCUUCCUGGGUCUCCUCCGACUCCAUAGCCAAAGACGUGGUUGCCGAGUACGACAGCCCCUGGUGGACCGCUGCCAAAAAGGCCGACGACGCCGCUCUCAGGGAGCUCCUGGAAGCCGAAGACGACCGCGACGUUGACGCCGUCGACUCCGACGGCCGCACGGCUCUUCUGUUCGUCGCCGGUCUGGGAUCCGAGCCGUGCGUCCGGCUGCUGGCGGAGGCCGGAGCGGACCUCGAUCACAGGGACAACGUCGGCGGGUUAGCGGCCUUGCACAUGGCGGCCGGGUACGUGAGGCCAGGUGUCGUGAAGCUAUUGGUGGAGCUGGGGGCGGACCCGGAGGUGGAGGACGACAGAGGACGGAAGCCGUUGGAUUUGGCCAAGGAGGUACUGAGCACGACUCCCAAGGGGAACCCGGUUCAGUUCGCGAGGAGGUUGGGGUUGGAGAGCGUGAUUAGGGAGCUGGAGGGGGCGGUGUUCGAGUACGCGGAGGUGCACCAGUUGUUGGAGAAGAGAGGGAAGGGGGAUGCCGUCGAAUAUUUGGUCAAAUGGAAGGACGGUGGAGAUAACGAGUGGGUCAACGCGCGGUUCAUUGGGGAGGACUUGGUGAGGGACUUUGAGGCGGGGUUGGAAUACGCUGUGGCUGAGGGAGUGAUGGGGAAGAGAGUCGGGGACGAUCGGAAGAUGGAGUACUUGGUCAAAUGGACGGAUAUAGAUGAGGCCACGUGGGAGCCCGAGGAGAAUGUCGACCCCGAUUUGAUCAAGGAGUUUGAGGACAAGGGGAGUAGUACCGGUACCGGGGUGCCCAAUGUGGGAUAGUUUUGAUUUUCCUGUAAAUUCAUUGACCUGAAAAUUUGAAAUGCUGGCUUACAUUAUCAAUAGUUUGUUUGUUUUUUUUUUUUUUACUUUUUGUUAAAAAAAAAAAAUUUCU